GAGGUUCCAUGUGUUGAUCACUGGCUGGUUGCUAUUUUCACGAGAGGCUUCGGUGAUGCAUGAUUUCAUGCAACGAUGCGUUCCAGCCUUGGAUAGUCCUUUGUCGAUUUGGCAGAGCACGGUGCACCAAAGGUCACGAUGGGAGCGGCGUGUCGGAAGAAAAGGUACUAAGGGAAGGCAGCGUAAGCAGAAGCUCUAUGAUUUGUUUGUGAAAGUUGGUCCUAUCUGCAGUUUCUGGCAGCGAAGCGCCGGCCGGAAGAUGCGGAGCGGCGGAGCGAAGAUGAGACUGUGUAUGUUGGCGUCCGGCGGGCCAAAUGGUCUAUCCCAUCCCUGGGAUCAUUACGUAUGAUCAUGAUAUCAGUAUGUUCGGGAGGCGGUAGCCCAACUGGAUAAAGACAGUUUUGCACCGG